CAUCCCGACAGCUCAGUCGCCCACUUGUUCUGUCAAAUAUUGUUUUUCUUUAUAAACAGAUGUAUAAUUGUAUAAAUGUAUUAUAAGCUUCUGCAUGAUAAAGUUUAUAACACAUGAAGCGCCAUGUCUUUCUUCGUAGAUUCAGUGAUUAUGUUCACUUCUCAGGUGCUAUUUUUUGGAUUUGGGUGGCUGUUUUUCAUGCGUCAAUUGUUUAAAGAUUAUGAGGUUCGGCAGUAUGUUGUGCAGGUGGUGUUCUCCAUCACGUUCGCCUUCUCUUGCACAAUGUUUGAGCUCAUUAUCUUUGAGAUCCUCGGUGCAUUGAGCAGCUCGUCCAGGUAUUUCCACUGGAAGCUGAAUUUGUAUGUAAUAUUGCUGGUUCUGAUAUUUGUUGUGCCUUUCUACAUUGGCUACUUUGUGGUCAGUAAUAUACGUUUAUUGCAGAGACAGAGGUUGCUUUUUUCAUGUGUGGUCUGGUUUACAUUCAUGUAUUUCUUUUGGAAACUGGGUGAUCCUUUUCCUAUACUCAGUCCCAAACAUGGUAUUCUGUCCAUAGAGCAGCUGAUCAGUCGCGUGGGGGUCAUUGGGGUCACUCUAAUGGCUCUACUGUCCGGUUUUGGUGCUGUGAACUGUCCAUACACGUACAUGUCAUAUUUCCUAAGGAAUGUGACAGACAGUGAUAUCUUGGCUCUUGAGAGAAGACUCCUACAAACUAUGGAUAUGAUCGUCAGUAAAAAGAAAAGGAUUGCCAUGACAAGAAGGCAGAUGUACCAGCGUGGAGAAGAGCAGAAUAAACAGACAGGAUUCUGGGGGAUGAUCAAGAGUGUGACCUCCUCACCAUCAGGCAGUGAGAAUCUGUCUCUGAUCCAGCAGGAAGUGGAUGCUCUGGAGGAACUCAGCAGACAGCUUUUCCUGGAGACUGUGGAUCUGCAGGCCACCAAGGAGCGGAUAGAAUACUCAAAAACAUUUCAAGGGAAAUACUUCAACUUCUUAGGAUAUUUCUUCUCCAUCUACUGCGUGUGGAAAAUAUUCAUGGCCACUAUAAACAUAGUGUUUGACCGUGUGGGGAAGACUGACCCGGUGACGAGGGGAAUCGAGAUCACCGUCAACUAUCUUGGAAUUCAGUUUGAUGUCAAGUUCUGGUCUCAGCACAUUUCCUUUAUUCUGGUGGGAAUCAUUAUAGUCACAUCCAUACGAGGCCUUUUAAUCACACUCACCAAGUUUUUCUACGCCAUCUCCAGCAGCAAGUCCUCCAAUGUUAUUGUGCUCGUCCUGGCUCAGAUCAUGGGCAUGUAUUUCGUGUCAUCUGUUCUGCUGAUGCGAAUGAGCAUGCCGCUGGAGUACCGCAGUAUUGUGACGGAGGUGUUGGGUGAACUGCAGUUUAACUUCUACCACCGCUGGUUCGACGUGAUCUUCCUGGUCAGUGCUCUUUCCAGCAUCCUCUUUCUCUACCUGGCACAUAAACAGGCACCCGAGAAGCACAUGACCCUGUGACAGUGACCUCAUCAGAGAUUCUUUCAGGUGGCUCUUUCUUUUCGUCUCAGUCUUUCGAAGGACUUUUAUGCUGUUUGUCCUGCAGUGAGCGUUUUGUGGGUCUGUAUUUCCUGAAUCAGGAGCGACCCAGAGACUGUGUUUGUUUGAGUUUGGGUUCACAGGUGGUGAGUUUCUGUAUCAUUUGAGUAGGCUAUUGUUCAAACAUUUAGGAUUGGCAAUAUUUUUUUAAGUUCGUUUUUAUGAUUUCUCGUCACCAAGUCUGCAUUUAUUUGAAAAUGAAUACUGUAAAAAUGGUUAAAUUGUGUAUUAUUAUGAUUAUUAUUAUUAUUAUUACAAAUUUAAAAUAAGUGUUUUUAUUGUAUUUUAUUUUUGUCAUUUAAGGCAGAUUUUAUUUUUUCAGAAUUAUUACACCAGUCUUUAGUGACAGGACCCUUCAGAAAUCA